CGCACCCCCGCCCGCCGCUGCCCAUGGCCCCGCUGCCCCCGCUGCUGCUGCUGCUGUUGCUGCCGGCGGCCGUUUAUAAAGGUGCUUUUGGGGAAGGCCGUUUGAGAAAUCGAAGAGGAAUUCUGGAAUUAGCCGGAGCCAUCAGAUGCACCACAGGGCGCUCUCCUUUUGCCUACCUACGCUAUGGAUGCUACUGCGGCCUGGGAGGAAAAGGAUGGCCCAAGGACAGAGUAGACUGGUGCUGCUUUCACCACGACUGCUGCUAUGGGAGGGCAGAACAAGCAGGCUGUCAGCCCAAGACUGAAAGCUACCACUGGGAAUGCAAAGACAAUUCUGCUGUGUGUGAUUCACUAGAAGAUCAAUGUCAAAAAAUGGCAUGUGAAUGUGACCGAGAAGCUGCCAAAUGUUUUUCUAAAGCUCCCUACCACAGAAAAUACCUUUUGUGGCCAGACUUUCUGUGUGGUGAGAUUCAGCCUUUGUGUAGGGAUUAGAUACAUGACUCUUGUAUAUAUUUAAAAUCUAAAAUGACUUUUUUUUGGCCACAAUAAUGACAACAAAUGAUUUUCCCCUUUCUUGAUACUCCUUCAUUCCACCUCAGCCUCUCUACCCCAAAACGGCCAAAGUAAACAUUUUUCCUCUCAUUUA